AUGCACCCUCAUUCCAAACGACGCCGCCUCGCCAAUGACAUUCAAUUUCCAACUGCGCUACAUGAAGGUCCUUCCAGCCUGUCGUCUCCACAAUAUGCACAUACCAUGAACACCGACUGGUCAUCCAAACCGCAACAGGGCCAUGCUCCUGCAUAUACACCCUCCGAUUCCACUGACGGCCAUACUUUCGCCUCCCCACUUGGCAACACCAGUUGGGGCCAUGACGGAUUUUCACACGAUCCGGGGUUCCUUGCCUCGCAGGAAGAACUGCGAUGUAUGCUUUUCACGAUCGCCCAGUCCGCCGCACCAACGCGGGCACCGAGUCCGGAUGAACACGAGCAGGACACCGAGGAGCCACAGGGCGGGGAUCUGCAUAUGCGACCGGUGGUUUCGAAUGCCCGUCGAGUCCAGUACUUGAAAAACUAUGUGGGACAGGUUGCGCCAUGGCUCGACAUGUUCGACUCACAGUGCACAUUUCGCGUGCAGAUUCCGGCCCUCGCUCGCACAUUUCCCGCACUUCUAAAUGCCAUUCUCGCCAUAUCCGCUCGGCAAAUGGAAAGGAAGGAAGGGACCCGGGACUCAUUCGAUAGCCUCGAGCUGUACCAGGAGGCUAUUCGUCUACUCAGUCCGCUACUGGAAUCGCGGGAUCCCCAGGUCGUAGCAGCAUGUGUGUUGCUGUGCUGUCUUGAGAUGAUGUCUGCUCGCGCGCAGGAUUGGCGCAAACAUUUGGAAGGCUGCACCGCACUGUUCGAGGCCUUUGAAAUACACGGCUUCAGCAGUGGAAUAUUGCAGGCGGUAUUCUGGUGCUAUGUUCGAAUGGAUUUAUGUGGUGCCCUGAUCUCUGAUGGUACGGAAAGUACGCUCCUCCGCCCCAGCAAGUGGCUUGCGCCAGAUUGCUAUGAGGAAGAUGCUGUCCGUUUAUUCCAAGCUGCUCGAUCCCCGGAUAUGCACGCCAACUAUGCCGUCUACCUUUGUGCGAAAACUUGCGAGCUAGUCUCUGACCGGACCCAAUUUGUGGAAUUGGGUGUUCAGAAUGAUUGUAGUGGUGAUACUUUUCAUCGCCGCUGGCUUAGCAUUUGGGAAGACCUGCAGCAAUGGAUUGAGAAUCGACCUCCAGAGCUGCUACCGGUGCACACCAUCCCCACCAAGCCGUUUCCUCAUAUCCUUUUUCUGCACUGGGCAGCCAUUUCCUCCAACCAGCUUUACCAUACUGCAUGCAUUCUUCUCUUGAACACAAUGGUCAAGAGCAUCAAGCUGCGACCAGCGCCAGCUGUCUCUGCGCUAUGGCAUGCCCGUCGUAUCUGCGGGAUAUCCCUCGCAAACCCUCACCAAGGAUGUUUGAACAACGCCAUUCAGCCGCUAUGGAUUGCUGGUCGUCUGUUCAGUCAUGUCUCAGAGCAUACGAUAAUAAUUGAUAUCAUCCGUAGGAUAGAGGCAGAGACGGGCUGGGGUGCCUGUUGGCGCAUUCGCGACCUCGAGCUAGCUUGGGGAUACCAAAUUCCCCGUCGACGUCGGACAUCCACCCGAAACGACGGAUGA